GAAUCGAUCGUCUCAACUAGCUAAUCAUCUCGUCGUUGAUCCGAAGUCAGCUAGCCCAGGGAUGAUGGUGAGGGUACACGCACCUCUGCUCGCCGUCGUCGCGGCCAUUGCGGCGGUGUUUGGGACGGCGUCCGGCGCCAGCUACACCGUCGGCGAGCCCGGGGGCUCGUGGGACAUCCGGACCAACUUCACCGCCUGGGCUUCCUCUAUCGACUUUCACCCCGGUGACCAGCUCGUGUUCAAGUACCCGGCGUCGGCGCACGACGUGGUGGAGGUGAGCAGGUCCGGCUACCGCUCAUGCUCGGCGAACCCCGUCUCCAUGCCCCGGACCGGCAGCAACACCGUCCUGCUCGCCGCCGUGGGGAGGCGCUACUUCAUCUGCGGCGUGCCUGGCCACUGCGACGCCGGGAUGAAGCUGCAGGUUAGGGUCGUGCCGGCCGGCUGCAACAGCCCCUCGCCAUCGCCGCCGUCAGCGGAGGCAACGAACGGGUCGCCCGGGUGGAACGGCACGCCCGGCGGCCUCUGCCUGGGCGACUCGCCGACGACCAUCAUCACCACCCCCGGCGUCAUCUCCUACGGCUCGGCGCCGGGGUCUUCAGGCACUGUCAGCUCUGCACUUGCCAUCAUGCUGCUGCUGCUUGGCCUCAUGUUCUAGCUGGAUUGUUUCUUUCAUGCUAGA